GACUAUGAAAUUGGGAGUCGAACUGCUGCAGGCAGCCCUUCAAGCAAUUUUGUGAAGGAUCAGUCUGCUGUUGCACCAGUAAUCUCAAACGAGUCACCUGUACCAGUGAAUCUCUCGUCCAAUAAAAAUAUCUCCUCUUCACCUCCUACGAGAAGACAGCUGAACAGUCGAGUUCCAAAUCUACAAGUCCCCCAUCAUGGUGCCUUUUUCAGUGCUCCAGAUAGCUCAAUGUCAAGUCCCUCUAGAAGCCCAAUGAGAUCUUCCCGUUAUGAGCAAGUUACAAGUUCUGCUUUUACUACUGGAAAGCAUUAUCCAGAUCUUUUAUUUCUUGGUUCUGGUCCUUGCUCCAGUCCAGGCUCAGGUCAGACCUCUGGGCACAAUUCAAUGGGAGGAGAUAUGUCAGGGCAAGUAUUUUGGCAACCCAGUAGAGAAAGCCCAGAAUGUUCACCAAAUCCUAGUCCGAGAAUGACAAGCCCUGGCCCUAGUUCCAGAAUUCACAGUGGUGCUGUUACACCACUUCAUCCAAGAGCUGGCGAGGGACACACUGAAUCGCAGACUAGUUGGCCGGAUGACACAAAACAACAAAGUCAUCGCCUACCCCUUCCUCCUUUAACAAGUUCCAAUUCCUCAAUGUUCUCUCAUUCGAACUCAGCUGCAACAUCACCUUCUGUACCCCGUAGUCCUGGACGAGUGGAAACUCUUACAAGCUCUGGCUCACGUUGGAAAAAGGGAAAAUUGCUUGGUAGAGGCACAUUUGGGCAUGUUUAUGUUGGUUUUAAUAGUGAAACUGGCGAAAUGUGUGCUAUGAAGGAGGUGACAUUAUUCUCAGAUGAUGCGAAGUCGAAGGAAAGUGCAAAGCAGUUGGGACAAGAGAUUACAUUAUUGAGUCGUUUAAGGCAUCCAAAUAUUGUGCAGUAUUAUGGAUCUGAAACGGUGGAUGAUAAAUUAUAUAUCUAUUUGGAAUAUGUCUCUGGUGGUUCCAUCCAUAAGCUUCUACAAGAGUAUGGAAUAUUGGGAGAAUCAGCUAUCCGAAGUUAUACUCAACAAAUUUUGUCGGGGCUUGCAUAUUUGCACGCCAAAAAUACUGUGCAUAGGGAUAUUAAGGGGGCUAAUAUCCUCGUGGAUCCAACUGGUCGUGUCAAGUUGGCUGACUUUGGCAUGGCAAAGCAUAUCACUGGGCAAACCUGUCCAUUAUCAUUCAAGGGAAGUCCUUAUUGGAUGGCACCUGAGGUGAUAAGGAAUUCAAAAGGAUGUAGCCUUGCUGUUGAUAUAUGGAGUCUUGGAUGCACCGUCUUGGAAAUGGCCUUAUCAAAGCCUCCUUGGAGCCAGUAUGAAGGGGUUGCCGCCAUGUUCAAGAUUGGAAAUAGUAAAGAACUCCCAACAAUUCCAGAAAACCUCUCGGAUGAAGGCAAGGAUUUUGUGAGGCUGUGCCUGCAGCGGAAUCCUUCGCAACGUCCUACUGCUGCUCAGCUGUUGGAUCACCCGUUCGUGAAAAGUGCGGUGCCUCCAGAAAACUCGAAAUUGGGAUCUACACCACCAGACCUUCCCAUGGUAACAAAUGCUGUAAAAUCUGCGGGCAUUGGACACGCGAGAAGUCUUCAACUCUUUGAUUCAGAAAGACUUGCUAUCCACUCAUCCAGAGUAUCAAAAUCCAAUUAUCAUUCCAGCGAUAUUUAUAUUCCAAGGAACGUGUCGUGCCCCGUCUCACCAAUUGGGAGUCCUCUUCUACAUGCAAGGUCACCUCAGUACCCGAAUGGGAGGAUGUCUCCAUCGCCCAUAUCUAGCCCCCUCACAACUUCCGGCUCAUCCACACCUCUCACCAGUGGGACUGGCACCAUCCCGUUUCAUCUUCUUAAUCAAUCUAUAUUAUCGCAAGAUAUUUUUUCUAACUUGCCUAAGGCCCCGACCAGUCCCCGUGUGAAUAACCCGCCCUACUGGGAUCCUGACAUUUUUCGGACGGCACAAUUGGGUUCUAAUGCUUUUCGGGAACUGACAACGAGUGAUAAAGAUGCUCGAGGAAAUCAGUUUGUAAUGACUGCCAAUGGAGAAAUGUACGACAGACAAUUGAUCUUGGCUGAUCGUGUAUCUCAGCAACUCCUACGAGAUCCUGUUAAGCUGAAUCCAUCUUUUGAUCUGAACCCUUCCUCUCCACUGCCAAACCACCGCAUGGAUGGAGUCUAACUUGUUUUGCUGUUGAGAAUGCCGUUCAAGGAAGCUUGCUUAUGAAGUCACAUUCCUUGUGUAACAAGAAAUGUGGCUACAAACACUAGGGACCUACUACAGAUGUGUGGCCGCUUCUUCCGCAAUCACGAGAUUAGGUUUUGCUAAUAGUUUACUGCACACAAAGUCGAAUUAAUGUUGAAAAUGAAAAAUUAAUUUUCCUGUAGUGGAUAGGUUCGGGUGUAUAGCUGAUCCUGCACUGAAUCUUUGGUCUGGGGAAUGUAUAUCAAUUUUAUUGCACAGAAGAGAGGAGAAGA